ACCACCCACAUCACACCAACACCCACAUCACACCACCAUGUAUCUCUCUCUUGUCCUCUGCCUCCUCUUCCCUCUCCUCCUCCUCCACGCCGCUCCUGAGCCGAGCACUCGAGACGACACCGCCCACUCUCAGACGAUGUCACAGCAGCAGCAGCAGCAGCAGUGGAAGGAGCCUGACGUGGCUGGCUCGUUCCACAACGGAACGGACUCUGAGGGGCUCGUGGCGAGCGUCACGCCGCAGCGACUCCGUGAGGCGGACCAGGGUGGCGCCAUGGCAACAGAGGGCGGCGCCAUGACGAUCGAGGGUGGCGCCAUGGCAACGGAGGGCGGCGCCAUGACGACCGAGGGUGGCGCCAUGGCAACGGAGGGUGGCGCCAUGGCAACGGAGGGUGGCGCCAUGGCAACGGAGGGUGGCGCCAUGGCAAUGGAGAGUGGCGCCGCGGGGACCGAGGGAGGCGCCAUGGCAACGGAGGGUGGCGGCAUGGCGACCGAGCAUGGUGGCACGGCGAUUGAGCGUGGCGCCAUGGCGACCGAGGGUGGUGGCACGGCGACGGAGGGUGGCGCCAUGGCAACGGAGGGUGGCGCCGCGGGGACCGAGGCAGGCGCCGUGGCGACGGAGGGCGACUACGAGGGUGACGACGUGUUUGUGGAGGCUCCCGACGAGGACUAUGCGGUGCUCUUCCCUCGCGACGACGGCGGCGACGGCGGCGACGAUGGCGACGAGGCGGUGGAGAGGAUCUUCGAGGCGGCCGUGGACGACGCCAGCGACGUCUUCACCCUCCCCAACCUCCUGGAUGACCUCGUCAGGGCCGAGAUGAGCGAGCUGAUGCCCAGCGACGACGACUACGACGACGACGACGGUGGUGCUCCAGACGAUAUCGUCGACAGCAUGGUGGACAACUCCAUAGUCCAUCGGCGGAGGGGUUCUCUCUACCCGGACUACCAGGACCUCGGCGCUAGCUCCUCCUCCACCGGCGAGGGCCGGGAUCCGGACUACGCGGCCCCCAUGGGGGUGCUGAUCAACGAGGCGCGGCGCGAGAUGGAGGACAGCCGGGGCCUCCGGGACGAGCUGGGUGGAAGUUUGGUGGACGUGGAUGGCCUGCCGGAGGCGGAGGUUAGGCUGGAGGCGGAGCGUGGGGAUCUGCAGCGGCUCGUCAACAGCCUGUCUGUCGUCAACGGCGACGCGGAGUCUCAAACACGUUAGCUCCGUACGUCCGUCCGUCCGUCUGUGCGUGACGUGGGACCGCGCUGGCUCUCAUUUAGACGGACUGACGUGAACCGGAAUCCCUCGCGUAAAAGUUGUGUUGCCCUUAGCGGGCUUGCCCUGUAGAAAAUCAUUAUCGCUGUGUCGUGUGUCUGCGUGUGCCCGUUUCAAUUGGCACGACACCGGCUGGAGAAGAGAUGGAGUGAUGUGGUACGGGAGGACGUGGAGCUGAGCGGACUUGCCGAUGACUGGUACCAGCGGCGUCAAGAUCGGCCUCCGUGGAGGAGGCUCGUGAAGGACGCUACUGGGCAGUUGGAGGCAGUCGCCCUCCAAUGACAACGGAGGGUAGAGGAGCGACGCUCACGAGCGAAGCACCAGGCAGUAGGGGGCACAGGUGGUGCAUCGGCCAAUCAUCUCAGUCAGUCAACCCAUGGCACCUGGGUCUGUCCCGUCACCUGUCAGCGAGCCUUCCACACUUCACGUGGCCUCAAAGUGCACCUGGCCUGGCACACAAGCACCACGACGUCACCGUCGCUUCGUGGUGAAUGUCGGUUACUGGUGUCUGUCUUUGUGUGGAGGGUGCUCGCUAACAGCACUUGACUCAACAGUCCGUGAAGGCUAUGUGGGGGGAUCUUUGUCUUUGUGCGUGUUAGGAGUGGUGGUGCAGCGGUGAGCGCGCUGCGCUACGAAACCGGCCACACGAGUUCGAUUCCCGCUCACGGCUAACACCAGUGAUGAUUAUCUGAACCGGUCCUGGGCCUCCCCUAGGUCGACUCGGCCUCAAAUGAGCACCUGCGGUGUGUAGUAAACAUCGCCACUGGGGAGACAAAGGUGGCCUGGCGUGGUUGCUGGCCACCCACCCCCUCGUGUGCAAUGACAGCCUUCAUAGGCGCUGCUACUUGCAAACAGCACUUGCCCCAAAAGUUUGUUCAGGCUAUACGUGGGAUCUUUGUCUUUGUACCCAUCUGUCUAUCACGGGGGUAGGGUCAAGUUGCGUUGCUGUUCGGGACUCAGCCCUGGAGGAAAGCGGUCACGAUGACGGAUGUACGCAUGCACGUUGCACUUCUUUCGCACCGUACGUAGCCAACUGAGCUACGCAAUGAGGUGCGGGGGAAAGCGUGACCGGUCAAAGCGUUUUUACUACCCAGAAACUGGGGAGACAAAACAAAACCCACAGCGCUCGCAGGACAAAACGAGCCUCCUCCCGUCCACCUCCAGAGCGCCACGGUGCGGCUAGGAGAUGUUAACUCCCUCGCCUGGUGUGCAGGAGGUCGUGGGUUUGAUCCCGACCCUGGCGAUGCCUGCUGCUGCUGUAUAUUUGGAGUUUGCGUGUCUCCCUCUCCCCGUGGUCCGGUUUUUCCUUCCACAUUUAGACUCAACGUCACGCGUUUAGUCUUUGACUGCGGCCAUACACUUCCACACGAUGACGACGAUGCUGCUGAUGAUGAUGAGCCACUUCGUUGAGCUAUCAACAUUUGUGGUGGCCAGGUCGCUUCUGAAAACGAGCUACAGAACUCGGUGGGACUUAUCUGGUAAAAUAAAAAGUUGAUCGUAGUUUUAGUUUAUCUGCUCGUGUACAUAUCCAUGUGACAUGACAACACUCGAUGUUGUACUAGAAAAUAGAAUAUACAGAUCAUACAUUUCCGAUGAUAUAAAUUGUCUAUUAUUUAUAUAUAUGUGUGCGUGUGUGCGUGUAUUAGGGUGCCACUCAACACUCAGCAUUGUUAUCAUCAAGGUCUCAGCCUCCUGUUGUUGUCCGUUUGCUGCUAAACUGAAGUCGCUGUGAGUUGAGAGAAUUCCUGUUUACUGGGUGCUCGACAGAGCCGAGACAUGGAUCGCAGUCAAGACGGUCGUGGUGUCGGGGCACAGGUUAGUGGGCAGGUGGCGAGAUGUUAGCUACCUCGCACGGUAUACAGGAGGUCGUGGGUUCAAUCCCGAGCCUGACGCCUGCUGCUGUAUAUUUGGAAGAGGUUUUUUGAGGUUAGAUCGCGUAAAUGUGUCGUUAAAACCCACCACCACUCGACACAGCCAACUCGUAAGGGUUGUCACGUAAACAGAACGUGGCCAAUUCGUCACCAGUACAGCACUAGCCGGUGUGUUGGAGAGCCAAGUCACAACAACUCUGGCUGUCGCCUGAUGAAGCUGGUUGUGAUUACUGGCAAAACGUCACAGUACUCAGAUUGUAAAUGUUGUGGCUUGGCUCUCCAACACACACCGGUGUGCUGUACGAGUAUACUACACUAUACACUACACUACUAUACACUUCACUAUACACUACACUAUACACUACACUACUAUACACUUCACUAUACACUACACUACAAUACACUAUACACUACACUAUACACUACUAUAUACUGCACUAUACACUAGUGCUGUACGAGUGACGAAUUGGCCACGUUCUGUUUACGUGACAACCCUCACUGGUUGGCUGUGUCGGGUGGUGGCGGGUUUAAACGACACAUUUAUAUAUUUACGCGAUCUAACCCAACAAAACUUUUCAUGGAUAUUGGUCGCAAAAGCCGACGUGUUAAACUGUAUAUUUGGAGUUUGCGUGUUCUCUCUCUGCCCGUGGUCACGUGGAUUUUCCUCCGGUUUUUCCCUUCACUUAUAGAAUCAACGUCAGACGUUCAGAGUAUUUGGAUGCUGCUAUAAAUUUCCACGUGGCGAUAAGUCACCACUUCGUUGAGCGCUGAAUACGAGCCGGCGGGCCUUAACAAGUGACGUCACGAUGCAGCAUCUUUCAAGAGCCACCGCGUGCGGCUCCGGAUCCGCAGGAAGAGGGGGCUUUGAGUGCGGAAGUGAGUGGGGAGCUGGCGAGUUGCGGAGUGCCACUCGAUCCACGUCGCCGCAGUACGAGAGGCACAUACGCAGAGAAGAUCCCGAGUAGAUGAGUCAGUGGGUGAGUAUUAGGUGCCAAUCACAACAACCGCCAUUAUUGUGGCGAAUGGCGGUUGUUGUUGUUGGUGCCAAUCAGUACGCAGAGUCACAGUACUCGAGGCAUUGGUGCAGAGGACUCGGUCGCGAGUAGAAUGAGAUUCUGGGUCAGCGACCAGAUGGAGAGGCGGGAUUCGAUCCCAGAUGACUCCGAGACCUUUCCCAAGGGGGCAUAGCGAGUGGCACCAGACCAUGCGUACUGCUUACGGAACGGCUCUUGGUUUUGCUUGCGAAAUGGUAAGUUUCUCGACAGGCUUGCGUGUUACAAAGUGUUGAAAUAAAACUUGACCGACCCAUUGUUAAUCCUGGAGGGGAACGUCGUGCAUUCAUCAAUGUCGUGACGCCCGUUUGCCCCGGAAAGCCUCGCCGAGUCUCAAAGGCUCCCUUCACGUUUUUCACAGAACAAAUGCGUGUGUGUGUGACUUGUAUCAUUGGCGAGUGGUCGUGUAGCGGUGAGCGCGCUGCACUACCAAACUAUUUUUAUUUUACCAGGCAAGGCCCACUGAGAUCAUCAUCGAACCCGGCAAUCCGAGCUCAAUUCCCGCUC